CAUAAAUCUUAUUUAUUAUCAUCAUUAACGUUAUAAUGUAUCUAUGUAUAUGGAAGUAAUUGAAGUAAUUUAGUAUAUUUCUGUUAAAACAAAAUGUCACCAACUGACUAUAUUCUAUUAUUACAUUGUUUUCUCAUCCUAAAUAUCAAACGAAUGUUGCCAUUUACCAUUUUCUGAAUAUUAAGUUUUUUAAAAUGUUAAACCAACAAUGUGCAGUUUUAACUGCUAUUGACUCGUAUAUCGAGCCACUUAUAAAUCGUGUUUUAUCAACUGAUAAAUUUGGAGUUUGCUGUGAAACAAUUAAGAUAGAUUCUAUGUCAUCCAGUUGUGGAAGUGUACAAGGAGAUCGUUUUAAAUUAUCUAUACCCUAUGCUAGACAAAAUUUAACUUGGAAUAUAUUCUUUGAUUCACAAUGUCCAGAAAUGGGACCUGAUUUCAUAUUUAAUGAUAAUACUUUCUUAGCAGAUAUGGAUGUAGAUGCAUUAUCUACCAAAGUACCUAGUCUUGCUAAAUGGAAUCCUAAUGAUGAAAAUGCAUUAUUAAAUGUCCUUAAAGAACUUUUAUCAUGUUAUAAGCAACAUCAGAUUCAGUUACUUCAGAAGCAAACUCGGUUACAAUUACAAUAUAAUAUGCUAAUCAGUUCAGCAGAAGUAGAAGAUGUUGAAGUAAUAUUGUUACCAUUUAGUUCUAAACCAACCGAAGUUAGAUUUCUAAUAAGUUUAUCAGUAGAUCUUUCUCAACUACAAAAUCGUACUAGCAAAUCAGAAAGUGAUAUUGUAAUGCUUCUUGUAACAUAUUGUGGAGUAGAUUGGAAUCGUAUUACUCCACAACUUCAUUUUUCAAAAUCUUUAGAAGAGACUCUUGGCGGAACAGGAGAAUUACGUCUACCACAAUUUCCAUCUGAUACAUCUCUAGUACAGUAUAUACUAAAAAUAAAAAAAUAUGUUGCAGGAAAGGUAAAUUCAGCAAUCCAAAGUUUAGAGAAAAGAAGAGAUUAUAUAGCAGCAUUUUUAUGUAUCAAUCAUUUGUGUAUUCUAGAAUAUGAUACUAUAAACUGUAAAUAUGUAUCAUGUAUAUUAUGUGAAGAUGACUUUUAUGUAGUAAUGCACAUUCAACUUCCAUUAGGAUUUCCUCGAGAAGCACCUAUAGUUGAAUUUAAGUCAGUAUAUCAUAUGUCUUCAGAGCAUGUUCCUUACAGUGAAAAAAUUAAACAUUAUCCCUAUGAUUUUAAAUGGCCACCACACCAUAUGAUAAGAGAGUUAUAUAAGGCCAUGUACCAGCAAAUUAAGAUAUUUAAAUUAAAUUCUAUUAAAAAUUGUUCAGAAAAUCAUAGUUAAUUUAGUAAAUAAUUUAAAUUAUUACAUUUAUUUGUAACAUUAACAUAAUUUUCUCAUUGUAUAUAUUAGUUAUCCUUUCUAGACAAGUCUAGGUAAAAAUAAUCAUAAAUAUAGCAUUACCAAAAAAUU